CCCCAGCCAUAUAUAUUGGGCUGUCCAACUUUUUCCACUGUCACACUGUCUCACUUGUGGCUCGGUUUGGACAGCAUCCGGGGGAAAAUGUCGCAGUACUCAGGAAAGAUUAUGUUUUACGAGGGGAAGUGCUUCACGGGGCGGAAGCUGGAGGUCUUUGGCGACUGCGAUAACUUCCAGGACCGGGGCUUCAUGAACCGCGUCAACUCCAUCCGCGUGGAGAGCGGGGCCUGGAACUGCUACGAUCACCCCGACUUCAAGGGCCAGCAGUACAUCCUGGAGCGCGGCGAGUACCCCGAGUUCCAGCGCUGGAACGCCCACAAUGACCACAUGGGCUCUUGCAAACCCAUCAGGAUGCAUGGUGAGAACUACAGAAUGGAGCUGUUUGAGGGCUGCAACUUCUCUGGGCAGUGUGUGGAGCUGUGUGAAGACUGUCCCUUCCUGCAGAGCCGUGGCUUCAGCAAGAACUGCAUCAAUUCCAUUAAAGUUUAUGGUGACGGAGCCUGGGUAAUGUAUGAGGAGCCUAACUUCCGGGGACGCAUGUACAUCGUGGAGAGAGGAAACUACUGCAGUCACACAGAAUGGCAGGGCCAGAACGCCAACAUCCAGUCCAUCCGCCGGGUGGUCAACUACUUUUAAACCCUGCCACGUGGAACGGACUGUGCCUUUUACCUUAAACUCGGUGAAAAUGUAAAACAAAAAAAUGACUAAAUAAUAUUUUAUCAAACGCUGGAAUGUUUCUUUGUGUUACAAGCCCAUUAAUAAAUUGUAUUAAAGAAA